UUCAAAUUAGUAAAAAAAAAUUUGUUUUCUGAUUUCGUUCAUUUUUUCCCCUGCUAAUUGUAUUUUGAUCUUACUAAUCAAGAGAUUGUUUAAUUUGUUUAAUCUCCUUUUCUUUUCAUUUUAAUUGUUCGAUAAAUUCUAAUAGAUUUUAUAUUGAAUACGAUUGAACCCGAAAGUCAACCAUGACUGGACGUGCUCGAGGUCCUGGUACCCGAGCUCGACCUCGAGUUCUUGCUCCCGGUCAACACUUCAUGACCGAAGAAGAAGCCAUGGCGGGUGAAAGCUCAAGUUCCAGUGAAAACGGAAGUGGUGGUGGUAAUGGUGAAGCACUUCGAGGUCGUGGUGGACUAAGAUCGCCACAACUGAUAACCAAACCUCCCAACAUAACGACCACAAUUGGCACGGGCGGAGGUGAUAUCCCUCUUUUAUCAAAUUAUUUUCGUAUAAAAGUUCCUGAUGAUGAACGUGUUUUCGACUAUCGUGUUGACUUCGAGCCAAACGUUGAAGCAAUUUUCGUCCGUCGACGUUUAAUCAAUACCCUUGCCGAACAUUUUGGCCAUGCUUACAUUUUCGAUGGGAUGUCUAACCUUAAAUCGUGUGUUGAUAUUGAAAGUCCAAUUACUUAUCCAGUUUUAAACACUACCGGUGAAAUGAUAAAUGUGACACUUCGUCAAACGGGUGACAUUGGUUAUGGUGCAUUUGAAAUGUUACGCUUGUACAAUACACAAAUGCGUCGUAAUCUGGCUCAUAUUGGUCUCCAUUUAAUCGGCCGUUACUUUUACGAUAAACAGUCUUGUCGUGAUCUAGAAGAACAUGGUGGUGUCUCUAUUUUCCGUGGUUUUCUAACCGCGGUAAACGUUCACGAUGGCGGUAUUCUAACAGUAACUGAUACCAUUUUUAAAUUUAUUCGUAAAGAGACACUCAGAGAAACGAUUAUGCGUUUCAGAGACGGUGGAUCACCCCGAUGGCAGAUAGAUGCACAGAAAGAGCUUGCCGGAACCAUCGUAAUUACUCAUUUCAAUAAUAAAACUUACAGAAUAUCAGAUAUCGACUACUCAAGGAAUCCACUUUGGACAUUCACCAAAAAAGAUGGCAGUGAAGUCAGUAUCAAAGAUUAUUAUUAUCAGCAAUAUGAACUUGAGGUUCGUGAUAUGAGACAACCUUUAGUGGUCGCAGUAUCCAUGGAAAGAGAUCGUAUGACUGGUGAAUACCCACCACCGGUACUUUUAUGCCCCGAGUUGUGUUGCUUGACCGGACUGACCGAUAGAAUGAGAGCUGAUCACUUAUUUAUGAGGCAAGUUGCUUCAUCAGCGAAAGUCAACCCAGCGGGUAGAAUUGCUCAAUUGAAACAAUUCUGUACUUCAGUUAACACUAAUCCGCGUGUUAUUGAUGAGAUGGGUCGAUGGCGAAUGAGCAUGGACCAAGAAUUGGUCAAGGUAAAAGGUCGAGUUUUAAGUGAUGAAGUUCUAAUUAUGGGUAAUAAUACAACAUCAACAAUUAAAAAUGGUGAAUUUUCCCGAGAAAUGAGAGGACGAACUUUAUACAAACCGAUUAACUUUGAACGUUGGGCAAUGAUUUUUACCGCUCGAGAUGAAGCUCUUGCCACUGAAUUUAAAAACUCAAUGGUUCGUGUUGGUGGUCCAAUGGGUAUCAACUUUGGUAAUCCUCGACCAUUUAAGAUUGAAAAUGAUCGAGCUCAAAGUUAUCUUACCGUCCUUAAAGCAAUACCCACUGAGGCUCAGUUAAUUGUUUGCUUGGUUCCAAACAAUAAUAAGGAUCGAUACGAUGCAAUUAAAAGAUUCCUAUGUAUUGACCAUCCAAUACCCUCUCAAGUUGUCACUUGUCGUACUUUGAACAGAAAAGGUGGUAUGCUUUCAAUUUGUACCAAAAUCGCAAUUCAAGUUGCCUGUAAAGCGGGAGCCGAACCUUGGUACCUCGAUAUACCACCUAAAAAGAUUAUGGUCAUUGGAUUUGACACUUAUCAUGAUUCCUCGGUUAAAGGUCGAUCAGCUGGUGGUUUUGUUUGCACAAUGAACUCAACUCUUACUAAAUAUUAUUCGAGGGUAGUUUUCCAUGAAAAUCGUGAAGAAAUGUCCGCCAAUUUGGGUAUGCACACUGCUAAAGCUCUCUCGGUUUAUGCUGAGGCUAAUGGUGGUCCACCGGAUCGGAUAAUAGUCUAUCGAGAUGGUGUCUCAGAGGGUAUGAUUCCUCAUAUUUAUGCGACGGAAGUGGCCAUGGUAAGAAAAGGUAUCCUUCGGGGUAACGAAGGUAAAAAAAUACCGUUGACCUUUAUUAUUGUCAACAAACGGAUAAAUGCUCGAUUCUUUGCCGUCAAGGGUGACAGUUUUGUUAAUCCUCCGCCAGGAACUAUAGUCGAUAGUACUAUUACUCGUGAAGAACGUUACGAUUUUUUCCUGGUUAGUCAAUCGGUAACCGAAGGUACAGUUGCUCCCACAAUGUUUGACAUUUUGUGCGAUGAAUCAGGCUGGACUCCAACAAACCAUCAAAAAUUGGCCUACAAAUUAACUCAUCUUUACUAUAAUUGGGCUGGAACCGUUAAAGUGCCCGCUCCAUGUCAAUACGCUCACAAACUGGCCUUCCUUUCCGGUCAAUCUCUUCACAAGGAACCCAAUCCCAAACUUACAAAGUGGCUCUUUUUCCUAUGAAUCAACAAAACAAUCAACAAAACAAUCAACAAAUUAAUCAACAACAAUCAACGAGCAUCAACAAACGUGUUUUUAAUCAACACUUUUUUUCACAAUUUACUUUUCAUUUUUCUUUAUGUUUCUUUUUCAGUUUUAUAUUUUUGGUAAUUCAUUUUCCUCUUCCUCUUUUUCAUUUUGAUUGAACAAUUUAACUGAUCAAUCGACAAUCAAUUACACUACUCUUUAUGAUUACAAUGAUUUUACAAUGAUCAAUAUUGAUCAUGAUCAGAAUAUCUAAAUCAUUUCA